GCGAGAUGAAGUCGUUCACGGCGAUCGCAGUUGUUACGGUGGCUCUGCUCCUCGGCAGCCAUGCCAAGCACCUCGAGUCCAAGGUGGCUGACAAGGACUUCCUGGCCAAACAGAAGUUCGUCUUCGAUAUGGGCCAGCACGUCUACCAGGACGAUGUUUUUGUGAUGGCUUAUGGCGGUAGCUAUGCGGAGUACAAGCCAUGGGAGCAUGUGAGUGACUUCAACCAUCCGGAGAUGCUGGAGCACUUCUUUGAGCUGUGGCAGCACCAUCCCUUCGGCGACGACCAGGUGUGGUCGGUGAUGUAUGAACGCCACGAGGAGUAUGUUGUGGGUCUGGUGCGUCUCUUCUACUUUGCCAAGAACUGGGAGACCUUCCAGCAUGUGGUCUACUGGGCUCGUCAGCACGUCAACAAGCAGAUGUUCAUCUACGCCUUCACCAUCGCCACCAUCUUCCGCGACGACAUGGAGGGAGUUGUCCUGCCCGCUCACUACGAGAUCCACCCAUGGAGCUUCUACGACAGCCAGGCCCUCGAAUGGGCCGAGCACUACAAGAUGCACGGCUUCCACCACGUCAAGCAGAUGGACAACAUCUACAAUGUGGUGAUCCGGGCCAACUACUCGAAUGCCCACGGCUCCUUGAACUACGACCACGAUCUGGCCUACUAUCUGGAGGAUAUCGGCUUCAAUUCCUUCUACUACUACUUCAACCUGGACUACCCCUUCUGGACCAAGGGCGGCGAGGAGCAUGUCCUGAACAAGGAUCGUCGUGGUGAGCUGUACCUGUACGUCCACUGGCAGCUGUUGGCCCGUUGGUACAUGGAGCGUCUGUCCCACGAUCUCGGUGAGGUUCCCGCCUUCAACAUGUACCUCCCAGCUGAGUCUGGUUACGCCAGUAACCUGCGCAGCUACAACGGAGUGCCCCAGUGGCCCCGCGACAACCACCACAGCUUCUACCACGGCCACAACUUCGAGUACAUUGAGUUCGUCGAGAUGUACACCCAGCGCGUCAUGGAGUGGAUCCACAAGAACGAGAAGUUCGACAUGGAGGUGGUCAACCAGUUGGGCAACAUCAUCCAGGGUAACGCCGACAGUGUCGACAAACACUUCUACGGCAGCUUGGACAAGCUCUACCGGUUCAUCGUCAACGAGGGACACCACUACGGCAACCACGAUGAGAGCUUCCCCGGCCUGUUGAUGCACUACGAAACCUCCCUGCGCGACCCCAUCUUCUACGAGAUCUACAAAAAGCUGGUCGACCACUACUGGCAUCUGAUGGAGACCUUCCCCGAGUACAAGAAGACUGACUACGCCUUCGAGGGCGUCCAAAUCGACGCCGUCCACAUGCCCGAAAGCCUGACCACCUACUUCGAGUACUUCGACUCUGACAUCAGCAAUGCUGUCAACGUUGAGCCAGUGGUGGAGAGCUCCACCGAUCCCCUCUACAAGUUUGGACGCAAUUCCCACUACAAGGGCAGCAGCUACGUGAUCAAGGCCCGCCAGCACCGCCUUAACCACAAGCCAUUCGAGUUCACCAUGGACGUGACCUCCGACAAGGCUCAGGAUGCCGUUGUGAAGGUCUUCAUUGGACCCAAGUUCGAUGAGCACGGACACCCCAUUCCGCUGGAGCACAACUACCAGAACUUCUUCGAGCUGGAGCACUUCAAGGUGCACCUGGAGGCCGGAGUUAACCACAUCAAGCGUGCCAGCGGCGAUUUCAGCUUCUGGGUGAACGAUCGCACCACCUACCUGGAGCUCUACCAGAAACUGAUGGACGCCACCAACAGCGACUACAAAUUCAAGCUGGACCAGUCCGAGGCCCACUGUGGAGUCCCCAACCGCAUGAUGCUUCCCCGCGGCAAGAAGGGCGGCCAGGCCUUCCAGUUCUUCUACAUGGUCUACCCCUACCAUCAGCCAGCUGUGGCUCAAUUCACCGGCUACGAUCCAGUGGUCAGCUGCGGCAUCGGCCACGGCUCCCGCUACGUGGACAACCUGCCAUUCGGCUUCCCCUUCAACCGACCGGUGAAGCACGACUACUACUUCGACGUGCACAACUUCAAGUUCGUGGACGUGAAGAUCUUCCACCGCGACGAGCACACCAAUGUGGUCUAAGUCCAGACCCCUUUACGAAAACUCCUCCAACAAACGAACGAACGGAAUCGGAUCCAUUAAUGUUUUCUUUUUGUCUACACCCAGUUCCCCCAUAGCUGCCAUAAUUUAAUUUAGUUUACCAUUUAAUUUGUGAGUCUUCCUUGUGCCUUUAACUAAUAAACGAAUCCGAAUACCACCAUA